GCAAAACAAUGAACGUUUCCGGUUACCAGCAUGACGUAUAUCGCAUGCGCACUUUACGACCGGAACAUGCAGCCACAGGAGCAGAAUAAGAGUUUAGUAUUGAUUGAAAGUUGCCGUUUCUGCAAUCUUACUUUCCAGCCAAGUAAAAGACCUUACGGGUUGUUUUAGCGCUUAGCUCCAGUUUUCUCAGCUGAUGUUUUUUUAGUCUGAAGGUGCAUUUUAAAAGACAAGGAAUGCAGAGAAUAAGGUGUUUUAGAAGUACUUGGAAGCUGAUGCAGGCAAACUGCGGGAGAGCAGGACGCCUCAUCGCCUCACUUUCGACUUCCAGGAAUUACAGCCAUCUGCCUCCACACGGCUCAUUUGGUCUCCUCUUCGACAUUGACGGGGUGCUGGUGCGGGGCGGAACACCAAUCCCUGCAGCCAAGCAAUGUUUCAGGAACCUUGUGGACAAGCAGGGCAAAUACAAAGUGCCUGUGGUGUUUGUCACCAACGCUGGAAACUGCAUGAGGCAGACCAAAGCAGAGCAUCUUUCACAUCUACUCGAAGUGGAGGUGUCGCCGGACCAGGUGAUGCUGUCCCACAGUCCUUUGCGAAUGUUCACACAGUUUCACCAAAUGCGUGUGCUGGUGUCAGGGCAGGGUCCCGUUGAAGAGGUGGCUCACAACCUGGGCUUCCAGAAUGUUGUCACCAUAGAUGAUCUCAGAGAGGCAUAUCCACUGCUUGAUGUUGUGGAUCACAACAGGAGACCCAAAGACAUUAUUCCCCCCACCAAAGGUUUACAGCCAAUAGAUGCUGUCAUUUUAUUCGGAGAGCCGAUCAGGUGGGAGACCAACCUCCAACUCAUCGUGGAUGUUCUUCUAACCCAUGGAAACCCAGACAGGGAUUGGAAUUCCAUGCAGUACCCUCACAUUCCAGUGCUGGCCUGUAACAUGGACCUGCUGUGGAUGGCCGAGGCCAAGAAUCCCAGGUUUGGUCAUGGUAUGUUCCUGGUGUGCUUGGAGAGUGUGUACAAGAAGGUGACGGGUCAUGACCUCAAGUAUGAGGCUUUGAUUGGUAAACCCAGUGUGGUGACUUAUAAUUAUGCUGAGCUGCUGGUCAGGCAGCAGGCUGAGAGGCUUGGGUGGACCACACCUGUGAAGAGGCUGUACGCAAUUGGUGAUAACCCCAUGGCUGACAUAUACGGCGCCAACCUCUACAACCGCUACCUCCAGGCUGCUCAGCAUUCUCAGAGGCAAGCUAACCGGAGCGGAGUGUCUGUUGACGGCGGCUGGCCUACAAUGACAUCAGCCGAAUUAGGCGGAGCGCCUGGCGUAUUUGGGCCAGGUGUAGAUCUUCCUGAAGCGUGCCACUCCAUUCUGGUGUGUACGGGAGUGUACAGCAAAGACCACAGCGAGCUGCCAUCGGACACCACGCAAACAGUGACCGAGCAGCGCAUCUUCCACGGUCAUAGGGAUUUCCGCUUUGACCCAAGCCUUACACAGCCCUCCUUUGUAGUGCAGGAUGUCAAAGACGCAGUUGAGCUGGUGUUCCAGCAGGAGGGACGGCCACUGAAUUAGUUGACAUGUUAAUGACUUUAACAUUGUUUUUUUUUUUAAACAUUUUUUAAUGCAAUUUUAACUUUGUGAUAAGGUUGGCUAUGCAAGGUAGUACAUAACACUACUGUUGUAUUUUCGUCACUGUUGGAUGUGUACUUCACACUCAUUUCUUCCCUUUCUCCCAACAAUUUUGUAAAGCACACAUGCCAUGUUACAUUGUUUAUAUACUGUAAUGCAGGCUUAUGGCAAUUUUCUUUAUGAAGAUGUACUUUGUUAUUUGCACUACAGUCUUCCUAAUCUGCGAGCCUUUCCUAUAUGUCGUAAACCUAACCACGAAUUAGCACAUCGCCCUCCGUGUGUUUGUAUUUUUUUGCACGUAGACCGGCCCGUAAGAGCCCGUACGACCGGUUAUGACCUAGGCUUAAAGGGAAUGUCAUAUUAUUAUUAUUAUUUUUUUUUUUAAUAGUGUGUUGUUACAACACUUCUAAAAAAAAUUCAGUUCCAGAACCAAGGGACAUUUCUGAUGGUGCUAUAUUGCUGAUUUGUCAAUAUAUCAGUCAAUGAAAGCGAUUCUGCUGUUGCACUGCAAUGUAGAAACCAUAUUGAUGAAAAAUAUAUUAAAAGUAUAAAAAUGUCUUCAUUAUGUAUGAGUAUUACUCCCCUUUGAAUCUCUGUUUGCCUCCCAAAUUGCAGCCCUAAGAUGAUCAAGGCAUCAAACUGGAGACAUUUUUAAUCAUACCACCACCCACCUUUCUACAUGUGUGUAUCUUGGGACCUGCUGUAAAAUGCAGCAAAUAAAACAAGAGAUUUUCUCAUUCAAAACUUGACUUAGUUCUUUAAAAAAAAAUGUCUCAGAAUGAACAAACAUUGUUCGAGAAAAACUGUUUAAAUGGUCAGGAUCAGGGUGACUCACUCAAAACCCUAACAACAUCAAAACAGUGCAAUAUUAGAAAAAGCCAAGCUUAAUUCUUUAUGGAUAUGUUCCACAUAUCACAAUGGUGGUGUGACGUUGGGAGUGGCAGAUAUGUCACGACUGAGAGUCACCUGUAUGCUGCAAAUAUUAAAGAUGGUGGUGAUGUGUCAUCUGUGUGUCAUGUUUCUAAAUUGACCUGCUGCACCAUGGCCUUGAUGUCCUCUUUUGUGUUUUUGAGGCUUCCUUCUAGGUGUGCUUUCAGGCGAUGUUUCUGGUGGGGGGGUGUGAAUAGGCU